AUGGAUGGACUGACUAUUAAGGGAAAUACACAGCUAUAUGGGCUUCUGACACUUGGUGCUAUUGUGCUGGCUCUAUUUCUCCUAUGCAUUUGGAGAAACUUCUAUGAAAUAUUUAUAAAAAUGCACUAUGGCCUUGCUGCCAUUGCUUUCUAUGGCCUUUAUCACCAUAUAUCAUUUAAGAUAACUUUCCCUCAUAUCUAUGUGAUAGCAGGGGCCAUUUCCUUUACUUUCACUUUCAUCUUUCAAAUGGGCAACUUGAUCACGCGCAACUUUGGGUAUGGUAGAUUUUUGGCCAGAGCAGAACUCCUUGCCAAGCACAAGGCAGUGAAAAUUGUGCUCUCCAAUUUGAGGCCUUUUACUGCAAGAGAAGACUUCACCAAAAGGGCCCUUCACCAUGCAAGUAGCAAAAGGAAACUUUUAGCCUGCAUUGAUGGCCCCUACAGUGAUACCAUUGACAUCAGUGGCUAUGGUUCUGUUUUGAUGUUUGCAACCAGCAUUGGUAUUGCAGAGCAGAUUCCAUUUAUCAAGAAAGUUCUGGAAAGUCACUCAAAAUGGAAGUCUCCAGUAAGGAGGUUAGUAGUCACUUGGGAGAUUGAAGACAAGUAUCAGCUUGACUGGGUCUCUGGCUGGAUGCAAGAAUUGUUGAACAAAGAUCAAGGAAGCUAUAUUCUCUGCAUCUCUAUUCACUACCCGAUACCUACCAUGGCCCCAAAGCUGUUGGGAAAUCAUGAUUGUAUAGUCAUGUCACCCGGACAUAUAAACAUUGAACAAAUGCUAGCUGAAGAGGUGAAAUUUGGGAACAGAUGGCUCCUGGUUACAGUUGCACCAUCACCCACAUGUCCAGGCUUAGAGACACAAAACAAAUAG